CGUCGGUAUUUCCUUUUCCUUUUUCAGCCAUACUCCGCUACGGACGGAGUGAGCAAUCAUGGCUCCCAACCGGAAUGGCAUGAUUUUGAACCCCCACUUUCAUAAAGACUGGCAGAGUAGAGUUCGUACCUGGUUCAACCAGCCUGCCAGAAAGCUCCGCAGGCGCAAGGCCCGUCAAGUUAAGGCUCGCCGCAUCGCUCCGAGACCUGUUUGUGGACCUCUCCGGCCAUCGGUCAGGUGUCCAACCGUCCGGUACAACACCAAGGUCCGUGCCGGACGUGGUUUCACUCUGGAGGAGUUGAAGGCUGCAGGGUUCAACAAAAAUUAUGCUCGCACCAUCGGCAUUGCCGUUGACCCCCGUCGCCGUAACCGAUCCACAGAGUCUCUCCAGACCAAUGUACAGAGGCUGAAGGAGUACCGCUCCAAGCUCAUCAUCUUCCCCAGGAAGGCUUCUGCACCCAAGAAGGGAGACAGCACUGAGGAGGAGGUCAAGAUGGCAACACAGCUUAUUGGACCUGUCAUGCCCAUCAGAAAUGUUCACAAGAGAGAGAAGGCCCACGUGAUCUCGGAGGAUGAGAAGAACUUCAAGGCCUUUAUCACCUUGCGUACGACCCGUGCCCAUGCCCGUCUGUUUGGCAUUCGUGCCAAGAGGGCAAAGGAGGCAGCAGAGCAGGAUGUGGAAAAGAAGAAAUAAGCAACAUUUGUAAAGAACUUUCAAAAAAUAAAUGUGUGACAAAAAGC